GUAAAAUAUAAUUGCUUUAACUAGUUUUAGUUACUUAUAACAACCAUGCAGAAAUAUGAGAAAUUAGAAAAAAUAGGCGAGGGAACAUACGGCACGGUAUUCAAAGCAAAAAACAAAGAAACUCAUGAAAUAGUCGCCCUGAAACGAGUAAGGUUAGACGACGAUGAUGAAGGAGUACCAUCGUCCGCACUGCGGGAAAUAUGCCUUUUGAAAGAGCUAAAGCACAAAAAUAUAGUUCGACUCUACGAUGUGCUGCAUAGUGAGAAGAAGUUGACACUAGUCUUUGAACAUUGUGAUCAGGAUUUAAAGAAAUAUUUUGAUAGUUUGAACGGAGAGAUCGAUCUUGAUGUAGUGAAAUCGUUUAUGUACCAGCUGUUGCGGGGAUUGGCCUUCUGUCACAGCCACAAUGUGCUUCACAGAGACCUGAAGCCUCAGAAUUUGUUAAUUAAUAAGAAUGGAGAACUGAAAUUGGCAGACUUUGGUUUAGCCAGAGCAUUUGGUAUUCCAGUGAAGUGUUACUCUGCGGAGGUGGUUACACUCUGGUAUAGGCCUCCUGAUGUGCUGUUUGGAGCUAAAUUGUACACAACCAGUAUUGACAUGUGGUCAGCAGGGUGUAUAUUUGCAGAGCUGGCUAAUUCUGGCAGGCCCCUGUUUCCUGGUUCAGAUGUUGAUGAUCAACUUAAGAGGAUCUUUAAAUUACUUGGUACCCCUAAUGAAGACACUUGGCCAGGAGUGACCCAGCUCCCUGACUACAAGCCCUCACCAGUGUAUCAGCCGAGCCUGGGAAUAGCCCAAGUAGUCCCCCGACUGCCAGCAAAGGGUCGGGACCUCUUGGCCCGCUUGCUCACCUGCAACCCGGCACUCAGGAUGCCUGCUGAUGAUGCCAUGGCCCAUGCUUACUUCCACGAUUUGAAUCCAUCAGUAAAGAAUGACAGAUGUUAACAAUCAAUACAUCCAUACAAAUGUACCUCUGAAUUAUUAGUUUCUUAUAAGAAUACAGAGGUACAAGAGUGUUGUGAUGAUGAAAAAAAUAAUUGAACAAUCAGACUGUAGUUGUGGGUAGUUCUGGUGUUAUAGUAAUAAAAAUGUGAUGCCAAAAGUCUUGUCCUACGACAGACAGAGCUAUUUAUUAGGUGUGGACAGGAAACUUAGUAAUGAUCUCAAUAAAAUAAUGAAAUUGAUGUUAGGAAUAUUUAAUAUAUAAAUUUGGAUUUUUACCAUCCUAAUAUAAACAUAGUAAUAAAAUAAAAAUACAAUUGACAGGUUAAAUAUAAAUUAAGAUUAAAGUUCAUCCUUUUGUAAUUCAUAUUAAAUUAAUGUUUUUGCAUUUACAUUCAAAUAUUCUGAACAAUGGGGUAUCUAAUAUUAAAUAUUGCUAAUUUUGUACUUUAAUUUUGUGUCACCAUAAUAUUUUUUACAACAGUAGUUUGUAAGGCUAAUUAGGGUCUUAAAUUGACAUUAGACUUCAUCAAUAUUUGUAAAUAUUAAUCUGUUUGUAAUAUUUUGACUGAUAUUCCUUUGAAUGUACUUUUACUGAACUAAAUCUAACAUUUAUCUUAAUUGUUAAAUACAAAUUAGUGUAAUAAACAUUUUGUAACAUAUGAUACAAAUUCCA